CAGGCUGGUUUCGCUGGAGACGAUGCUCCAAGGGCAGUUUUCCCAAGUAUAGUUGGUCGUCCACGCCAUACUGGUGUAAUGGUUGGAAUGGGACAGAAAGAUGCAUAUGUUGGUGAUGAAGCUCAAUCAAAAAGAGGUAUUUUGACUCUGAAAUAUCCAAUUGAGCAUGGUAUCGUGAAUAACUGGGAUGAUAUGGAGAAAAUCUGGCAUCACACCUUCUACAAUGAACUUCGUGUUGCUCCUGAAGAACAUCCAAUUCUACUUACUGAAGCACCUCUGAAUCCCAAGGCAAAUCGUGAGAAGAUGACUCAGAUUAUGUUUGAAACCUUCAACGCCCCUGCCAUGUAUGUAGCCAUUCAGGCUGUUCUCUCCCUUUACGCCAGUGGACGAACAACUGGUACAGGUAUUGUUUUGGAUUCUGGGGAUGGUGUGAGCCAUACAGUCCCAAUCUACGAAGGGUACGCACUCCCACACGCAAUCCUGCGUCUUGAUCUGGCUGGUCGCGAUCUGACUGACGCUCUGAUGAAAAUCCUAACAGAGCGUGGGUAUUCCUUCACGACAUCUGCUGAGCGUGAAAUCGUGAGGGACAUGAAAGAGAAAUUGUCUUACAUAGCUCUGGACUAUGAACAGGAACUAGAAACUAGCAAGACAAGCUCUUCUGUUGAGAAGAGUUAUGAAUUACCCGAUGGACAGGUGAUAACCAUCGGGGCUGAACGAUUCAGAUGUCCUGAGGUUCUGUUCCAGCCAUCUAUGAUAGGUAUGGAAGCUGCUGGAAUUCACGAGACAACAUAUAACUCAAUAAUGAAAUGUGACGUGGAUAUCAGGAAGGAUUUGUAUGGUAAUAUUGUUCUUAGUGGAGGAACCACUAUGUUUCCUGGUAUUGCUGAUAGAAUGAGUAAGGAAAUUACUGCAUUAGCCCCUAGCAGCAUGAAGAUUAAGGUGGUUGCUCCGCCAGAGAGGAAGUAUAGUGUCUGGAUUGGUGGAUCCAUCCUUGCUUCACUCAGCACCUUCCAGCAGGUAACUUAA